AUGGCGCGGAACUGUGAAAAGAAGCUCGUUGGGCUUAACCGAUUAUGGCUGGAAAAACAACGAAAAGGUUCAAAUUUAGAACUUAUUUAAGGCAUCAUUAGUUGGUAGGAGGGCUCAUUUAACUUCUUUGUCAUUUGAUUGCAGAUGAGCUGGAAAAAAGACCAAAAAGACCACAUCUAGUUAGUAGCCUUGUAAGACUGCACUUCAGGUGCAUGUACACUGCGCUAGAUUUAGUCAAAAUUUUCUUUCUUAAUAUCUGUCUUAAGCUCAUUCUGCACGUUAUUAAUUUCUUGUAGAGCUCAUUAAACAGCGCUUCAGAAGUAAAAAAAUGGAUUCCGGGCAUCAAAAGAGAAAUUGAUUAUUGUCUAGACGUAAGUUAAUUUUAAUUUUUAUUUUUUUGCAACGGUGAUUUUUUUUACAGCGGUAAUAGGUAAGUUCACAUUUUAUUACCCCUGUCACCUUAACCCUAAGAGAGCAUGACUUUGAUUAUUUUUUUUUCUAAAAGCCCCUCUUAAAAGCUAGGAGUACCAGGUGAUGCACCGUUCUUUUGAAAAAUUGAUUCCAAAAUUCCCAAUUAGAGAAUGAAAUAGAGCAGAAUGCUUCUGAAUAGAGAUUAUGAUAAUGACAUGCACACCGUCCAGACAAGAAAAAAGACAGUGAUACCAACCGUGGUGGACAAAACACUGACCUCCAUUCCAUGGACUUCUCAUAUGGACUAUACUAAAAUGGAUUAAGCUUAGCUGCUGAGGUUUAGUUAGUAGCAUUUCGGAAACUGCGUGAAUCAAGUUUCAGGUCAGUUUUCCCAGUAUAAUGACCGUAAAUGGAACUUGAUUCACUCAGUGUUUUGACCCUAAUCCCUAAAUUUCAGCGGCAUAUUCCAUUUGUUGACUACCAAUACCAACAGCCCCCUAGCAAAACAUAACAUGAUUUCUAAUAAGUCAUAAGUCUGACAGAACUCUUACAGUUCACACAUUAUCUUCUGUUGGUGUUUGUGAGAAGGGCCAGAGGUUGGAUGAAAAAAGAGACUGUCCCGACAUUAAAAAUUCUUUACUGUUGUGCUUAACCUUACAACAGCAAAUAUCUGGAGCCAGACAACAUCGUUAUCCUGAUACAAAAAUGAAGGAAUUUGAAAGGAAGGUUGAAGAGCUUGAGAAAGAAUAUAAAAGGUAUGCUGGGAUCAGUCAGUGGAGGCAGGUUUUUUUAUUGUCACAUUCUGGAUCAGAGGACAGAUCACCUAGCUACUGAUGAAUAAACAUGUCUGACAAAAAGGUUGUCCAAGCCCAAAUCCUGAUAAAUUUUUUAGAUUGAGGCUUCUCAUUUAUUAUUUAUACCCGGUCUUUCACAGAGUGAGAUCUGGGUACAAGAUACUGUAAGAUUGAGCGGAGAAUAGUUACUAUAGUUAAGACAAUGAUCUACACUGGUGACCUGUGAAAUGCCACCUAUUCCUCUCUUUUCAAAGAAAAGUGUUGUGUACCCCUCAGCCAUGUUACCCCUUGUUUUAUAGGAUUCAAACAUUCCUCUCAAUUUACAGGUUUGUAAAGAAAGUUUACGAGUUAGAUCCAAGUACAACAGGUAUACCAUGGCAACCAAGAGGGUAUACCAGUAAAAGGAAGAAUAUGGAAAGCUAUUCAGCAGAAACAAUACCAAAAAAGAUUUGUACACCACUUAUAGAUGAGGAGGUGGGUGAAAGCAAAUUUUUACCACCUGGCUUAGUUGUUCCAAGGCAAUAAGUACAAAUCCAGGGUUAGAUACCAUGACAAAUCAUUAUGCUCUGUUUGUCAAGCCUUGAUAACCAUUACUGCCCUGCCACCUGGUUAGCUUAGUUGGGAGAGCCCCUAUCUAUGGAGCUGGAGGAUGUGGGUUCAGACCCUGCCUGGACCAGCCAGGAGGCCCUGCCAGGGUAAAUUCUGACAAGUGACAUGGCCCAAAAAGUAGCGAGAGUACGUAAAAUGAAAUCGCGACAAGAGACAACCCCCCUCAGCCAAAUUGCGUCAGUGACGGCAAAGCCGACAAUAAGCAACAAGCAUUUAUAAACACCAAUACGAGACGUUUUAAAAUUCAGAUGGGCGACAUGUUAUUUUCCUUUAAAAUACUGAAAUAAACUUGAAACUUCGAGACUGAUGAUAUACACACAGUAUACAUAUUAUACAGUUACGUUUUAAUACUUAGAGGAGUUUUCUGACAGAGUUUAUUUUCAUGUUUAUUUAUUGUCUUUAAUAAAAUUUGUGAUGUUGUUACAGGGUCCUGAUCUUAAAAGUGGCUCAGAUGAUGUGGAAUUAAUCACAUCAAAAGGAGCUGAUGCCAAGUCUGGAUGUGUAUUGAAUGAUAUGAAAUUAGUCCAAUUAAAAAGGUAGAGUAUUAUCUUUAGCGAUGUACCAUAACUCGUAAAAAUUCCUGAAAAUUCAUUAAAAAAAAGUCUCGGGGAGCAUAAUAUAUUUGUCCUUUCGUUGGUUAACUAUAAUGGAUGAGGCAACUUUUAAAGAAAAUUUUAUGUGGCUAUAAAUGUAAUAUAGGCAAGAUUUAACCAUGAGACUAUGCUGGGCAGCGGUCAACAUCACUAAUUGUAUGUGGGGUGGUCUUGGGCUUUUGCAGGGCUCUACACUGUAAUAAUUUUAUUGCGUUUUCGCUGAGGUCAAUUGUUUUGCUUAUGUUACUUUUGUGGGCAGUAGCUUGAGCCAUUUUUUCUCCAAGCCUCUUCCUUUCCUCUGGAUGUUUUUUGGCAAGUAUCUAUGUAUAUCUUUACUGAGGUUCUCAGUGUGAUGGUGCCUGGUGGGUGCCACUCACAGGGUUGUCAUGGUUACCUUCUAGGAGCACUCACAGCUCCCUUCAGUUUCACCAGGCAUCUUCCCCCACCCUAUUGUCCAUGGGUUUUAAUGCCCAUCUCACUGGGAUUGUCCAUCAACGUGUUGUAUCAACAUUUUGUGAUUUUCUUUAACAGUCUUGUAGGACUUGAAUAUGAUUCUUCCAGUGACUCAGACAUUUCUUAGUUUUACAAGUAAACACAAAAUCAAGAUAAGAAGGACACAGCAAAAUUUGUAAAAAAAAGUAAGUAAUGAUAUUGUUGUAUUCCUACGCAACCUUCUUAAUUAAAGCUUGACAUGCAAGCACUCCUUGCCCCCCCAUCUCGCCCCAAACAAUGCUUGACCUAAUGUGUCAUAAGAAGGCCGUCUAUGUAGGCAGUUAAGGACUUGUUUUUGACAUUAUUACUUGUUUUAUUUACUGUACCUCUCUUUGGGUUGUCAAUCUCCUCCCUCCUCCUCAUUCCCUUAAUUGAGUGAGAGGUGGAUGAAAUUAGAUUAGCUAACAAAUCUUUUACUUUUUUUUCUGAAACCUCCUCACUCACAUCGUCUGGUAUGUUUUCCAUAUCUGUCUUCACAAGUUUAGCUAAAAAUUAGCCUGCUCUAGGCAUUCAGAUUUUGGAGACAAUGCAAAAAGAUGUAAGCAGGAAAUAUUUGUUUCAGUUAAUGCUUGAUCUCUGUAGCCUUGUUGUAUACAUACUGCUGAGGGUAAACUAAAUCAUCAAUAUUUGUGCCUUUUUCUGAUUAUUGAUUGACAUUUUCGUGUUUCAUCCUCUUCUAGGUUUUCAAAAAUUGGAAAAAGUUAUAAAAAUGAGAUAAUUCUUUGGGUGGAUUCAUUUGCAGCACACACAUAUAGCUGUCGUAUUUUCCUGCUGGAAUUUUUUAUUGUUUUAAGCCUAAAAGCAAUAAAAAAUUCUAGUGGAUGAAUGUGACAACCGUACAAGGAUGUUGCAAAUGAAUCUACCCUUCCUAUAAGUAAACAUUAAUUCAUAAUAAUUUAUCUUAUAUAUGAAAAUUCUCCAGUCUCGACUGACUAAAGUUAUAAGUUGUAUUGUAAAUACUUUGUAAAUAUUCAGUCAAUAAACCAGUGUUUUUCAAAGUGUGUAACAUUUGAGUAUUACACGGAAAAUCGGAAGGUAAAAAAUUUGUAAAGCAGGUUGGGUUUGGUUGGGUAAUUUUAUUUCUGUACGUAAGACGUGCAGCGACAGAUUACUCUUUGUUAGCAGCUAAGAUAUUAUUUGUUUUGUUUUCGUUUUUCUUUUUCGGUCAGAUUCAUGUCAGCUGUUUGUAUCCUUUAGAACACUCCGCCGCACAAAACAGCCACAAAACGUCGUAGCACACAAAACGUCGUAGCAACGCAACUAUAAUCUUCGCUUACAAAGUCGCUGGUUGUCACGCAAUUCAUUCACCCAAAACAUAGUUUUAUAACCCCCAACACGAGCGUGUCAGCCUUGCUUUUUAUCUCGCAUGAAGAAAAAUGUUCAAGGCUUGUUCGCAGGCAUCGGCAGAGCGAUCAUAUGGGAAUCGUAAAUCGCAUCAAUUGUGCUAAGUUUGAUGCAUGUUUAUGUCUUUUAUAACGUAGUUCUAAAAAUAGGAUUUACGUGGUGGAGGUUUGACAACCGGAAGUUGACAAAAAUUGCCACGUCGAUAAAAUUUGCGUUGAAAAGCAGCUGCUGAAUCGCUUCGAAAUCAAAAUAUAUAUAAUAUACCCGCUAAGACGUGUUCAUUCGCUCAACAAUUUUUAGGAAAACUACUGGAAAGCACAGAUCGGACGAACGACAAACGGAAACAUGCGCGAUUCUCAACAAGAUAGUUCGCAAUUGAUUUCCGGUUUAAAUUCUGAGAAGACGUUUUUGGAAACAGCGACUUAUCCCAUUCGGUUUUUGCUCAAGUUUUACGAAACGACAAUGAUGGAGGUGAAAGAAAUAACUGUACAGCCAUCAAAAGGAAUUGCAACUUGGACGCGAGCUGAUGUCGGCAAAAGAGUUAUCGUCAGAGAACCUUUGACAUCGGAAUUCGGUUUCCACGAGUUACCGGUGAGCGAGUCUGGAUUGUGCUGUAGUGUUGCUUGGGGGUUCUAUAGUAACAUUUAAUAUGAGAGAGUGAAAACUCCAGUUUCAUGAAAUAAUAGGAGUUAGCUGGUCAGAUAGAGAGUUCUUCGCAGCUACGAGUUUGCAGAGGACCGAAAGUUACGAAAUAUCAACAUAUAUGUUCAUUGUAGUGUAAUGUGAUUAAUUUUUUCCCAAAAAAUAUUUCUUUGUUGUACGUCACGCAACUGGUUAUGGCGAAUAAUAGUUAAUAGAAAAAGAAACAGAUAGAUAGAUAGAUAGAAACUUUAUUUAUGUGUCAAGAAAGAAAAACUAGCCGAGGGGCAGGCCCUCUACUAAUAGGGGACACCUACAGUUAAAAUAUAAUAGAUAUUUAGUUUUUUGAAAGUAUUUACUUAACAAAUAAAUGGUGCUUCAAUUUUUUAAAUGUAGAAUUUAGUAUAAUUUAGGUUCCACUUCAAAAACUAUGCAUUAGCAGGUUUGUACAUUCUAGCAUUUCAAAUUUUACUUUUGUUUUCUUAUUAAAUACAAAGAUACCACAAAAGUGAUUUAUAUAAUUCAUUUAUGUUUCAAACAGUUAAUUAUUUUUAACUGGCCCAAAAACUCUUCUUACAGAUAAACUUGCAACUUAAAAUAUUCUCUUACUUGGAUGCAAAAUCAGUUUGCACAGCAGCAAUGACAUGCCACUACUGGAGCAUGCUCAGUGAGGAUAAGGUAUUAUGGAUGAACCUGUUGCAGCGCAACAUGCACAAAUGGAGCAGUAUGGGAUACCAGUCAUGUCCGUCCACAUACUUGGAGGCCAGGUCUGAUUUGACAUUAAAGCAAAUGUAAGUUAAUGAAUGCAGAAAAAUAAUUUGAGUGGUUGUUAGAAGUGGGAGUAGAACAGGCUGGGAGGGAGGGUCCCCUAGCUUUUUUUCUUGAUGAUUAUAAUCAAGAUGAUCACCAAGUUCCAGAUCGAGGCUAAAAUCUUGACUCUUGAUUGAGAGCAAAAACUGCGGGCAGGGAACAAAUUGCUUGCCCAUUGGGGCAAGGAUGGGAGAGUGAUGUAGAUGGGGUUGGGGGAGGAUGGAAAAAACUUCAAAUGUAGAAAUGUAUAAAACAAAAUAACAUUCAUUUUUUAUGAUGAUGAUUUGUAAGGCAGUAAUAUUUUCAUUUACAAGGAAAAACUAUGGUCAGGUCCAACUACAGGUAUUUACCAGUAGGGCUUAUCAAUUUUAUUAUGGGUUAUAUCAUUUAAUUCUAUAGACCCUUAGUCUCCCUCGCAGCCGUUUUUAGUAUCGUCACGCAACGCUCCUCCCCACAAACGGCCAUUUGUGGGGAGGAGCGUUGCGUGACGAUACUAAAAACGGCUGCGAGGGAGACUAAUAGAUCCUGUGCUAGUUUUAUAGCCUGCAUGGCAGGCAUUUAAGGGGGCUGGGGAAGUAGGAAUUUAGGUGUGCCAGAGCACAAGGGGUGUAUGAGAAGGGGGAAAAUUAGGAACACCUUCAAUGACACUAUUGUUUUAUCCAAACUGCCCGCUAUUGUUAUGUAAAAGAUAAAAUGACUGUACUGUGAAAUGUCUGGCUGUCAAAUGAUGUCCCCUCCUUGUGUGCCCCUUGUGCUUUUGCAUCCCCUCCCCUUUUCCCUUUUAAUGUCUGCCGUGCAGGCUAGCACUAGUCUUCUAACCAAUCCUAAUGACUUUUUUUAUGAGCCGUUCGAACGGUUUGGUUACCCGUUCGGACUUUUUUAUGAGCCGUUCGAACGGUUUGGUUACCCGUUCGGAAUUUUUUAUGAGCCGUUCGAACGGUUUGGUUACCCGUUCGGAAUGUUCUACGACCCGUUCGAACGGUUAGGCUACCCGUUCGCAAUUUUCCCCGAGCCGUUCGAACGGCUAAGCUACCCGUUCAGAAUACUUAAUCACCCGUUCGAACACUCAUUGAAACCCGCUUAAAACGGCUUGGUGACCCGUUUGUAACCCGUUCGAUGGCCGUUCAUUUCACCCGUUUAACGGAAAGUCGUUAUAGUACGUUUUCGCGUGAAAGGUCACAUGUAAUCUUACUCCAGCUAAUUGUUAUCUUCAGAUACCUAAGAUGCUGCCCAGAAUGUAGAUCCUUGAGAAGAUCAAGACAGUCUGGUUUCAAGUCAGUUGUCUUCUACAACUUACAGAACUUGUCAUCCUUCUUCAGACGGAAAUCACCACGUGUUGUUAUGUUUGGUCCUGGUUUGGAAUGUGAUGCAAGAGGUCUUGUACGUCAACUCCUCCAUGAUCAUACAUCACCCUUUGAAAUCAUGGGCAUGUUCCCUGGGCAGUUUGAUGGUAAGUUAGAUUUCCACUGCCUAAUUGCUUUUAUUUGGUUUGAUUUUCUGCUACUCUUAGGAUUUCUCCUAGUUUAAGGAAAGGUCAAAAUGUAAAACUGUUUACCUAAUAAGUUGAUCAAGCAUAUUUGGCUUUCUGUUUUUAGGUACAGGUUCAGGGCUUUGCUUGAAGUUUGAAAACAUGGAAUUCAACCUCAUCACAUUGUAUGCAUCAAACAUGUAAGUGCAUAGAAAAUCAAUACUUUACUAAGAAUAAUUACUAUAAUAUGAUUUAGGGAAACUGAAGUUAGCUACUCUGCUGGUAGAGGAAUAAUCUUCUGAUUCUUUGGUAAGAGAGCAAAAUAAACUGCCUAUUUAACAAACAAAGCUACCUCCUUCAUAAUUUUCUGACUUCUUUUUAUGAUGAUGUUAAAGUAUGAGAAUUUGUAUGUUGCUGUUGGGUUGAUGGCUUAGCUGAGAUUUUUAAUCACCGGUACUCGCCCAGUAAAAAUAUUUGAUGAUCACAGAGUGAUCACAAAUAACGCUCAUGAUCACUGACAUUAUCUCUCCUUUUCUCGUGAUAUCACACUUUUGCAAUGGCGUAAUCAAGCCGCUAUAGGGGAGUGAUACGACCCGUGAUCACCCUCCUGGCCAUUUGCAUGCUUUACAGAUGGUGUUGUAGACAAGUACAAAGCUUUUCAAAAUAAUUUGUUCCCUUCUAAAUAAUCAUUGCAGGAAGGAGAGGGAAGCAAAUGCAAGACUGGGAAGGCCGAGGUUAAGUAAACUAUUGGUUGAUGUUGAAGAUGCAGAGGACGGUGAUGACGAGUCUCAGCAGAGUGACACAAGAUUAAGACACACAGUCAGAGAACUCUGUAAAACCGUUGAUGCUUUUAUAUAUGUAGUGGAUGCUUCAGCAGACUCUCAAAGAGGUAGCGAUAUCAUUACUGCUAUUUCUAGCUGGAUUUGUAAAAACAUUACUGCCAAAUAAACCUCUACCAUGAAGCCGUUUUUUUUUUGUUCAAAAACCAUCACCAAUGUAGCCAAUAUAAAAAGUAAGAGUGUAACCAUCCCUUUUCUUUUCUUCUCUUCCUAUCUUUCUCCUUUCCUUUUCCUUUGUUUGUGUAAUUUUCGGUCUUAUCAGAAUUUUGGCAGCCCAUUUUCAUUCAAUUGGCUGCAAAUUUUGCUAAGUUUGUUUUAAAAAAUCCAGCUAGAUUUGUGUUAUCAUUGCCGUAUAAUGAUUUUGUUCGUUCUAGUGAAGUCAUUUGAAUUGGCAACCAAAUUAUUGAUCUUGACUAGUUUCCUGUUGCAGAAAAAUGACAAAAAAUAAAGACUUAGACUGAAAAUAUAGUAAAUCUGUUUCAAAUAAAUUUAUUGAUAUCAUUUUAUUUUCUAAUAGAAAGUUCUGGUCAUGUAAUCAUGUCAUUAAGUGCCCUUUUUAUUGUGAUGUAUGCAAUUCUCAAAGGAAACUCAUCAUGCAAUAAAUACUGUAUAUUUUGUCUUUUUAAACAGUGAACUUGGGUGACAGAGAACUUUCAGCCAUGUUAAAUGAGAACUGGACACAGUCAGAUGCUCCACUCCUUGUCCUCUCAACUGUCUCAACAACAUCAACACCUUCUUUAUCUUGUGCUACAGUUGUGGAGCUACUACAGCUUAGAAGAUUUAACAGGCCAUGGCAGGUUAGCUUAAUCCAUAUUUUGCUCAAUGACCUACAGGUUCAGGUUCUCCUUAUAAGGCAGUAACUGGUAAAAUUUACUGGCCUAAAGAAACACUUCUUACCCCCUGCAACGGCCUGAAGGUUUACUAAAAUUAAAGAAGUACUUUUAAAAAGUACACAAGUUGUGAUCCGAUCCGAUUCUCACAUGCCAUGAGGAAGUGAAUAAAUAUGUCGAAAGUACUAAAGUAUACACAGCUUUUCUUUUUGUGGGCCAUGCAUUUUGGAAAGAGAACAUUGAAGGCAGAGUAAAAUUACUGGAAUCAAAUUAUUUAAAUUGUUGUGUAAAGGUAACAACGGCCUAUUUGCGUAGAAAAGGUCUUAAAAUGAAGGAAUGACAUUUCAGAGAACUUAGCUCCUGAGCUAAAAUUUAGGGAGAACACUGCAAGUUACAGUAGAACCCCUCAAAUGCAAACUCCCAAGGGAAAAAAUACAUCACAACAUGAGUACAAGGUCUUGACCUUGUAGUCGGGCUGCACCGGCACCGUGCCCGAAUUCUAGCAUGAGUACUUGAAAAAAGGGUGUGUUCACAUUAGUGCCCAGCUAGUACUGUACUCAGGCACCAUGCCUGGGCAUCAAGUGUGAACACUGCCUAAGUGUCCACCUAGGCAGCUGUCCAUUAACCCUUUAAGCCCCAAGAUCCACAUGCAAAUUCUCCAAACUGAUCUCCAUACAUUUCUUUUAAGACUAGUUGAGAGAAUUUGGUUUAAGAUCAAAGCAUUCUCCUUUUGAUAAUUAAAUUAGUAAUUCUCAUAACCUUUACUCUUGAUGAUCUGCUUAUGUUGUUAGGAGAAAAUUGAUGUUGAUCACUCUUGGAACCUAAAGGGUUGAUUGAGGGUUAACUGUGUUUCAUACUUAGUGGAUAACAUCAAGAAAAAGAACAACAGCAAAUAAAAAACAAAAAAAGUUCAAAGUGAGAAUGAAUGUUUUUUCCUUUUUUCAGGUUAAUUCAGCAUGUGUUGAAAACUUAGAUGGUAUCCAUCCUGGAAUUAAAUGGCUUCUGACCUCAUGCAGUUGAAGAAAAAAAAUGCUCGUCUCAUGGGAAGAAGGCAGAAUGAAAAUUUUUCUUUCUACAAUGAAGUGAUAAUGGAUUGUAACAUUGGUGUAAAAUAAGUAUUAGUAUUACUUGUUGAAUGUAGUUAAUUUAAUAAUGCAGGGACUUGAGAACAUUUUUUAAUAACACUGAUAGUGUAUAAUAAUAUUGAUAGUGUACAGUUCUGUUUGUGAAGGUAUUUAAAUAAAAACAAAUGUUUCAUGUAACAUUAUUGAGCCCAUAUUACCUCUUGCUCAGGUAUCACCAAGUGAUUUGCAUUUUCCUCUCUGGCCAGUCAACCUUCUGUGCGAGAAAGUCAUGUGUCCACAUCUUCAAAUAUUGAGAAUUGAUAGGGCAGGGAUGAUGAAUGAUGUCAUAAUGCAAUUAAAGGCACAUGAUGUCAUUUGUGCAAAAAAUACCCUUUGACUCCUAUUGUUACAAAACGGACGAAAAGAUGUUGUUGCCGUUGUAACAUGAUUGAAACUUUAUUGCCCCAAAGUCAAGUCUACUGAAAAAAUGACAAACUUUGGUGAUUAUCCAGGAGAUUUCAUCUCUUAACCUGGAGAGCAUAAGAUACGGUCCAAUAUCUGGAGUCUCCUAGCUUAUCCAGGAGACUUGGCAGCACUGUGUGUUUGUUCAAUAGACCUUUUUGCAUGUUAUUUAUUAUUCUUUUAUGGUUCUGUUACUGUGAAACUCACAAAACUGUGAGCACCAGAAAUAUUUAUGGAAAGUUACUGUAUUGCGAGAAAUGGCCAAUAAGGCACGAGAUAACUAAACCGCAAACAGCAACGGUUAUAAGUUUGUGGUUUUGAGGUUUGCUUGGUUAUCCUGAACUUUACUGUGAUUGGUCAGUACACAAUCGACAUUCCUGAAAUUUUUCAGGUGUUUACGGUUUUCUGCGUCUGACAGUAAUUGCCCUCCAAGGCUCGUUUUCCUGUUUUCUUUGUUUUGUAGUUUGCACAGGUAAGCGAGGAUAUGAGGUCAAUAAUAAUAACGUACAUAAAAGAAUAAUAAUUGUUCAAGUAGCAUGAAAAAGUCUCUAAAGAGCAAUAAACGUUCAAGAAACUAGAUAUCUCAUGUCUUCGUAGAUAAUUUCGGCCAUUUUUUUGUAGCCUUCUUCAGUAAAAUGCAAGCCGUCACUCCAUAAUUUUUCCAAACUUGCUGCACUCAAACUUUGCUGAGGAAAUUUCUCCGCUAAAUCACACAAUAUUAUUUCACCACCACAAUCCUUAAUGUACGCCCUCAACUUUCCAUUCACUUUUAAACGAAUAUUGUCCCCUGCUUCUUUCACCCAAGACGAACCAUUCUUUCCCAAGUCUUUGAGAUAAACAUCUGUUUCAGGAAUUGUUAGAGCAACACAUUUUGCACCGUGCCCAUUUACUUCAGAAUGCAGCAUUAAGAUCUGUUCGAAAAGGGUGUCUUCCAAGCCUUCUUUAGGCUCAAUGAUGUCGUUCGUUCCUCCCAAAAUAAUCACUAUAUCAUACGGUCCGUAUUCGUUUAAAACCUUUGGCAGUCUGUAUGACAUUCCACCGCAUACUAACUCGCCGUAAAUGCCUUUGUUUUCUACUUCAAACUUCGAACUAGGAUGGUUUUCCGUCAAUAACUGCGAUAGCCGGAUUGUGUAAGGCUUGUCUAAUUGUAUGUUCUCCUCUCCUCCGGUAUUGCCUGUUGUAAGACUGUCUCCGAAAGCUAAUAUUCUACACACCCUCCCCUCGUCCGCCAUGUUGCAAGAUUGGACUAGACACCAGGCCCUAACGUUAGCUGUGUAUCCUGGCCUUGAUGAGGUCUUGAUCAAAAUGGCGAAUUGAACAUCCACAAAAUUGAAGUAACGACGUGGAUUGAAAAAAUCGAAAUACAGAGGAAAUGUUUUCCAGAUUAAAUGCUGCAAAAGGUCAGUUUCUGUGAUCUGAAACUAGUACUGCUUCGAAUUCAUUUACAAAUUGAACGUUGGCAAAGACCGUCAGGUGGUCAUGCCAACUGGUCCCGUCUGCAGAGUAUGGCAGAACUCGACGAGAUCUCCGGCGUGCAAGGCUGUUUUUAGUCCCUUAUUUCUUACAUGUUAUUUAAAAAACUCGCGCGUGCACCUGCCAUACUCUACAGACUGGCAACUAGUUACAAAGAAAAAUGAUGAUAAAUAAUAAAUAAAUAAGGUUAAUGUAAGCUUUGAUUGAUCAACAAGCUCCACUAAAAAUCUUAAUUGGCAUCUAAUUUAUGCUAUAUUUUACUUUUCUAUCGAAUAUAGUGCACAGGUUACCAGGAAUAAUGAAGUUAUUCAGAAUGGUGAUCUCUAAAACUAAAAAGGGAAAAUAAUUUUUCAACUAUUUCCCGAAGGGAAGGUGAAUAGUGGUAGUUAUAAAAUAAUGAUACUGAGCAGGGUUGUCAAAAGUAGCCGGCUGCCGGGGAAAAUCGCCGCGUACUUGGUUAGUAUUGGCCGGCUACUCUGCUUGGCAUUUCUUUAUGGAUGGUGUUUUUUAAAUAAAAAUAUCCUUGGACUGGUUAAGAAACAUCUUCUGUAAACUAUAGUAAGUGUUUAUUUGCCACUCACAGUUAAGUUUAAUGCCUAUUCACCUUAUAAUUCACUUUAGAUUUUUGGCAAUUUUGGAGAGAAAAUAGCCUGGAGAGUGCAGAAAAUAGCAUUUCAGAGCAUCUCAAUGUAAAAAUUAAUGUUCUGGUGGAGCAUGCCCCCAGAGGUUUGUGCCUUAGGUGCUCGGCAGCACCUUCAGCACUGGCUGCUUACUUUGACAACUCAGAUGUCUACCUCAAAAGUUUCUGACAACCCUGACCGAGACACGAAGCGUCGAGGUAUAUAUCUAGCGCUGUUCACCGACUCUGAGGGGGAUAGUAACUAAAACAACUGUUGUUUUAGUAUUUACCAAAUCAGUUGGAUAGAAAAGAAAAAAAUAAGUAACUUUUUGUAAAUUGAAAACAUCACUUAGUAGGAACUUUGUUUACAAUUUGAAAACAUUUCGGGGAUUUUGUCAAGUGCAUUUUUACAAUUUUGUUACAAAUUCAGCGUGAAAAUAAUUUUCCCUAACAGUAAACAAUGACAAGCCAAAGGUCAUGGCUUUCUUGAUAUUACAAAUUUUGUUCGUAUGACAGCCUCAUUUAUUGCUCAAAUUUUGUCUUUCGAAAAUGUCUCGAAAGGAGAUGCCAUCUUGGCUCCAGUCGCAAAACAGUGAAUAACCAAGGAUGUUCUGAGUUACGGGAGUCAAUCAAAAUGUGCAAUAAUAAUUAUUGCACAUUAUUGCUAUUCACUGAUUUGGUAAAUACUAAGAUAGACAUUACUAGUCAGAUCAGAUUUGAAUAUUUCAAUAAACUGAAACUGGGAUUUAGAUUGUGGUGUGCAAGGUGAGGAGUGUUGUGUAUCAAACAAUAGUAAUAUUUGGUACAGACUAAUAUACAAUGUCAAGUAAGAUAGUGAAAGCGUGCAGAAAUAAAUGUUACUUCUGGUACUAAUUUGGUGUUCUGCCAUUGAUCAAGCUGGUUGUUAGAACUGUGCAUGCUGGGGUCACUCUCCAUAUGGAUUGUCUGUUCUAAAAAAAUUCUGGCUAAUAACUUUGUCUGUAAAAGUAUGUUGUCCUUUCCAUGAACAGCGACAUGUAAAAUUAUAUGCAUGAGAUGGUUAACUGCCCACGGAUGGCAGUUAUUGUUUGGCAAUAGUUUAGCGUGGUAUCUUUGUGAUAUCAAUCCUCAAUAUCACAUUAAUUUGGAAAGUUCGGGAAACAGUGCUACCCUAGAUCAUUUGGGAUGUUUGUGAUUAAGUACCAACUAUAAGUAUUUAAAGAAGUCAGGCCUGAAAGACCAGUUUUUAGUGAAAGCUGAUGUUUGGUCUUCAUUAAAUUUCAGUUCUGGGGAAUACUUCUCAUCUGAAAAAUAUUUGUACAGCUUUAAAACCGAGGCAAGCUUUGUUAGCGUCACAAAUCAGUGUAUUGAAUGUAAAUAAAAGGAUGAACAGUACAGAUGCAUACUCAUUUGAAACACUUGCUGUAACCAAGCCACAGGAGCAUGUAAUCCAGGUUGAGCUUAACAGACCAGACAAGCGAAAUGCAAUGAACAAGACAUUUUGGAGGUGAGAAACUAUUAAAAAUAACAAUUUAUUGUUGUGACCUUGAGUGCACAGGUAACCCAAGCCAUGUUGUGAGAAAAAACAGGAAUACUCUAUACAGAUUUUUAUUACACAGUAAAAAUUUACAUGUUAUAUAUUAACUAAGUUUAUUCAUGCCAUUUUUAGGUGUAUAGAGUUGUCACUAAGAUUUCGAGUUGCCAGGGUAAAUACAACAAGUAGGCGGGGAAUCGAACAGCUAGGGAUUUCUUUUGGUUCUAUUUUUCUUCUAUUUUCCAAUAAAAGUAGCCAGGGGCCACAUUCAUAGUAGCCAAGGAAAAUCCCGGCCCCUGCCUCCUACUGACAGCCUUGGGUGUAAAAUCGUCAAGCUCAUUCAAUUAUUUGCAAAGUACAGUUUUGUAUGGCCUGCAUAAAAGACGUAAUUUCCAUAGUAGGAAGACCAUUAGGCUUAGCCUGCUAGCUGCUUCUCUCUGUCGGUAAAGUAAUGGAGCCACUUGACAAGUGAAAAUACAUCAGUCUGUGUUUGCAGGUUAAACCAUUACUCAGGGUGUCUGAAGUUGACCUAACACUUGUUUGGUCAUACAUUUUGUAAAAAGUCACCAGUGUGAGGAAAGCCGGAGAAUAGAUGACAGCUUCCCCAAGAGGUCUUUUCUCAAGGUUGAAUCAUGAAAGAUCUUUACAUAGAACACGUGGCCACCCGUCAAAGAUGUUAUCUCUUUAAGCCCCAAUAUCCACAUACAAAUUCCCCAGACUCAUCUCCAUACAUUUCCUUAAAGAAUAAGUUGAGAGAUUUUAGGUGAAGAUCGAAGCAUUUCCUUUGGUCAUCAUUUAUAAUUUCUCUUAACCUUUUUUAUUGAUUAUGUUUUAAAUGAUAUUAGGAGAAAAUUGGUGUUGGUCACUCUUGGCAUAUAUAUUCAAAGGGUCUUCAAAGUCCUAACUGACUAUUUCCUAUCACUAGUUCAAUUAUUAUUCCUCUUAUAAAGAAACAUUUUAGUAAUCUGUAACUUUGUCGUGAUAUGUGUAGGGAGAUGGUUGAAUGUUUUCAUCAAAUUAGUGAUGAUUCCGAGUGCCGAGCAGUGGUGCUGACUGGAGCUGGGAAACUCUUUACAGCAGGUUGGAAUAUAGCUGACUUCAAUGUCACAAAUGUGUUAAUGAGUCCAUGUAUCCUAUAUAAAAUUUCUAGUUCUUAAUAUCACACAUUUUAAUGGAUGUCAUUUUUGUGGUAAUUUUGCUGUAACCUUUUUGCAUUCGUGAGAACGCAUCCUAAUCUGGUGCUCCUGUGAAAUUUUCGAGCUAUUAUGGGCGACAUGCAAAUUAGCCGCCCCUAUUAAUUUUAUCAGGUGCACUUGGCUGGGAAACUGGACUCCUUUCAACUUGAUUUUGUUUCCAUAAUUUUUUGAACGCGGAUCUGUAAUCAAUGAGUACCUCUAGUAAUAUGUCCUUUAGAAAGGGCAUAGUUGUAACUUGAUCAGACAACGAGAAGCAAUAACGUUAAUGAGGAAAAAAUGUACUGGCCCAGUAAACCAAGCUUCACCUAUACAGAUGCCCUACUGACAACCACCAUCUCAGACCCCUCUUAAAAUUGAAAGUGGCUUGCAGAAAAACCCAGCACAUUUACCCAUCCUCACAAUAUUAUUCACAUUAUGUAGGCCCUCUUGCUAUAAAAGGUCCCCCAUUUAAGCUCACAACUGAGGAGUUCAUCCCUAGCUGGAUUUAAUCCCUUUUAAAAGGGGACAGGGGGAAUUUGUAGAGAGAUCAAGCAUCAUGGUCCAUCAUAGCUGCGGCAAAUAGCAAAAGGCAGAGAUGAGGAGGCAGUCAUUUUUUUGCAACAUUUUAUUUUUGCUGCAUGCUUCUUUCAGUGCUGAAAAAAAUUGUCAUUGCAUUUUAAAAAAUGUGAGAAGUGACUGUUUUUUUUUUUAAUUUUUAAGGCCUUGAUCUCAUGGACAUGGCAAGUGAUAUCAUGAACAAUCCAGGCAAUGAUCCGUCGCGGAGGGCUCAUUUCAUGAGAAAGCUCAUCCUUAAUCUUCAAGAGUCCUUCCUGGUGAUUGAGAAAUGCCCACAGCCAGUGAUAGCAGCUGUACAUUCAGGAUGCGUUGGGGGAGGAAUAGACAUGAUCUGUUCCUGCGAUGUUCGCUUGUGCUCUGCUGAUGCAUGGUUUGAAAUUAGGGUAUGUAAAGCCUUCUAUUCCCUCGCAAACACAUCAUGACAAUGUAGACAACAGCUAAAUCCCUGGCAGAACUUACAGCUGUUUUAUUUUAAUUUUCUCUGCCAGGAAGUUGACAUAGGGCUUGCAGCCGAUCUUGGUACCCUACAGAAAUUUCCAAGAAUUAUUGGCAAUGAUAGGUAAGUUACCUUUCAGUUUAACCCAAUUUGGUUUGGAUUGGUUGAAGUGGGGUUGGACAGGGUUGAUGGUGCGUAAUAUAUUUUGGUAGAAAGUUAGCUUUUAACUUUUGCAUCAAAUGUCAAACUCUUCUCUUAUAUGGACACUCUUCAUCUUCAAACUUCUUGCAUGCUAAAAUACAUCCAACAUACUUAGCUAAUAGCCUUCUGGAAGUUGGUGACACAAGUUCCCUUAUUUUCAAAUAACAUUAACUUGCAUACAGUACUUGCAUGGAGAAAUGACUCACAUUACAUCAGUGCUCAUAUAGUCUUGAAUUCUUAAAAAUUUGAAAUUUGCCCAGCAAUUUUCCAGACCUGGAAGGAGUCUAGAAAAUAGAGGUUAAGUCUGGAAAAAAUGGUAAAAAGUCUUGCGUUUUUUUCCCAAAGCUACUAGAAGUUCUUUAUAAGUGAAAUGUUUUUUGUUUUGGUCAAAUCUUAUUCAGUCUCGUCCGUACGUUUGAAGAGCAUCGUGAAAAAGCUUUUAAUUCUCCCUUCUUUUUAAAGGUCGAUACUGAUCACCUAUUAUUUAUUUUUGAUAACCUUGAGUCUGGAAAAAGAAAUUAUUGUUUUGGGAAAAAAGUCUGGAACAACUCUUGAAUUUUGCAUCCAAAAAGCAGUACGAACCCUGUUACAUCCUUCAAGUACAAACUCCCCCCACCUGGUUAGUGCCAGUCUCCCGAGAGGGAGUUCGUGUACUAAAAACUUGGAUGGAUCAGAAGCUGGGGUUGUUAAAAGACUGGUAACUUCAUAACGGUUGUAAAUCAAUUAAAAGGGGAAAUAAAGCAAGCCACGAUAAUAAACAAUCGUUUUGUCUUUACAACAACAACAACAACAACAACAACAAAUUUUAUUGAAAAUUGGAAAAUAACUAAUUACAUUACUUUCCCACCCGCAAAUAGCUUAUGAACUAAUCGAGGCGGGGGGAGCUGAAGACAUAUUACAAAACAAGAUUUAUAUAUCGAUGGACUAAAUAACAGUGAAGACACUACAAUACAGUAAAUAGAAUUUAAACUAACAUAAAACAAGUUAUGUACAUAACGAUUACGAAGAGGGGCUAACCUAAAGUAUUAAAUAACUUAAUAAGACGGGAGACUUCGACAUAAUCAUCUUCUGACCGCAAAAAAUUUAGUAAUAAUUCCUUUAUUUUUUUACGAAAGGACGAACGUUGAAGUAUUUUAAUCGAAUACGGAAUAGAGUUCCAAAUUUGGGCACCGAUUCUCGUGAAAAAGGCAUACAUUUUAUCGGUUCUAGAGAACUUAACAUAAAACGAGUCGCUAGAGACAGAUCUUGUUCUGUAGUUAUGAAUCUGACUUGUUUUAACGAACUGAUUGAGAAUACUAACUGAUGCUGUCUGUCUGUUGAUAUCAUACAAUAAAUAGCUACAAUCUCUGAAAAAUAUGCUAGGCAGGGGAAGGCAAUUUGAUUUGAGAAAGAAGGGUACGGCGUGUUCCUUAGACUUACUGAAGUAGAUGGGACGUAAGGCCCGUUUUUGUAGAGUUACGAUCUUUCUUUGAAAUGUCAAGGCACAAUUUCCCCAACCACAAAUACCAUAAGUCAAGUAAGGGACAAUUAAUGAGUUGUAAACUGAAAGUAAAACACGACGCGGGACAUAAUGUCGAAUCUUAGCUAUAAUUCCUAUCGACUUGCUGAUUAUGUGACAGAUAGAUUCGAUGUGGUCUUUCUCUUCUUCAGUCUUGCGAGGGAGUUAUGCUUUACUGGCAGACGCUUUACAGCUCAAGAAGCCAAGGAGUUUGGAUUUGUGAGGUGUGUUUCGGAUAGGCAUUUCCGUUAAGUAAGGCUGAAUACACUUGAAAAUCGUUGUCCCAACCCUUUUUAACGUUACUUAGAUUUUUAUUUAGGUUUAUAGUAUUGUUUAAUCAGCGGGACUCGUUUGUGUUGUUGUCUUUGCACUUUUUGUCUUGUUUUUGUUAGAUUGCGAGCAGUCUCCUAUUUUUCUCUAAUCCGCCCGCCCGCCCCUAGCCUGCAUAGCAGGCGCUUGGAAGUAGUGGGCGAAAGAGAGAACGUCUCCUUCUCGCGCGCCCGUUUUUUCUUGUGCCCACUACUUCCAAGCGCCUGCUACGCGGGCUAGCCCGCCCCAACGGCGGGUAUGAAUGAAUAAAUUGAAAGAAAAAGAGAAAUCUCAAAAAGGAGAGAGAAAUCUUAUUUCUUAUUGUAAAAUUCUUAGCUACGUUACCUCACUUCUUAGCCCCUUGAAGUUUUUGGUUUUCGGCGUUUUUGUGGCCUUGUUGAGUUGCAUAAGGUCUCUUCCAAUAUUUUAGUUUUGUUCAUUUUCGUUUCUCAGUCGUAUUUGUCCAGAUCGUGACAGUCUUGUCAAGGACGCUGUAGAUCUUGCAAGCCAGAUAUCCAAGAAAAGUCCAAUCGCCAUGUCAGGAACAAAGCACAACCUGAAUUACUCAAGAGAUCAUUCAACUAAGGAAGGUUUAGAGUACAUGGUAAGUUUUUUACGGAUGCUGUACGAGUGUUCCUUCAUUUCUUUUUAGAAAAGAUCUACGUGUGCAAACGCGAGUGAGCGUGAAUCUCCUCCCACGAGGAACGGACUUUGCUUUAUCUUUGCUCCCGCGUGUCGAGCUUCUCGCGCUAAGGGAGUUUCGAGUAAAGAUGAAUAAUUCACAAGUGUAGUACAGUAGUAUUUAUUCCGGGGUGCUUACGCGAAUGCGCUAGAAACUAGUUACCUCGAGGAACGUGCCUCACUUUGUCUUCGCACCUGCGCGUCGUGUAUCUUCAUAAGAUUUUAUUUUCUUAAACUGCUUUUGACAAUUUUAGGGGAUAAAAUUGACUCGGAAAAGGAAAGCUAUAUAAUUAUCUAAACUUUAGCCAGGCUUGCUUUAGUGUUUCGUUUCACAAAAAUUGGCUGAUUAGAUCCACCGGGACAGAUAAUUAUCCACCUUAACUCUUGCUGCCAAAGUAUUGAUCCUUUUGUGUCAGAAGGCUGACUCAGGGGGAGGGGGUGGGGGUGUGUAGUAGCGAAAUAUAGAAUGACCGCACUCCUUUAGGGAAGGAGGGUGGGGAGACUAGAAAGGAUCCCUCCUCCAACCCCUCGAGGCCUAUAAUUCUGCGUUUCCUCUGAGUUUCAUUGAGAAGGAGUGAAUAAUUUUUAAUCGCUCACGUUUUAAUAUCAAAACAAAAACGCUAAAGGUUAAUCGAAUUGCCUCUUUUUCUAGGCUACUUGGAACAUGGCCAUGCUGCAAACAGAGGAUAUUUUGAAAGCUGUGCAAGCUGGAAUGAGCAAGGAAGAGGCUGUAUUUUCAAAACUUUAAACUUAAUCUUAACAUUUUAACUAGUAAUCUGAAGUCAAAGACAUUAUCAGCCAAAUUGUUAGCUGGACAGAAAAGCGUCAUUUAUUUCAACCCUCCCUCAUUCAUUAAUUGAACUAUCGGCCUUAUAAGCAACAUAAACGACUGACAUCGAUAUCCCCACGUACAGAGCAACAUCUUUGCUCUGCCGUUGCUACUCAUUGCUACUUUACAGUGCUACGUUAAAAAGUAACUUGUUACAUGAAUG